UGCAUAUAUUUCUAAUAGAAUGUACAGUCAUACUUGUGAGUCCAAUGCUAUAGAAUAAGGAAACACAUAGGAUUUUUAAAAGUUAAUGUAUAGGCUGAAAAAAAUUAUUUUCCAUUCCAAUCUCAAAAUUGUUAUGGUUUUGCUGCUCACUGAAUGGUCUGUUAUUGUAGUGAUAAGACUGUUUAAACCCUUUUACGGGAUAUUAAUUUUUUAAUUGCCGACAGCAUACUAUGAUAACAGUUGAGUGCAGCUAUGCCUCUCAUUCAAGGUAUCACAAUCCUCCUAACCAUACAAGCUUCCUAUGUGAUUUGUUAUGAUUUGCGUGAUUAAGGUUCUAUACCAUUAAAUGCUAGUUUUAUAUCUGAAAUGUGUUAGCUUGAGUGAAAAUUUGGUUUGGUCAUCUCACUUCUCAAAUUAAACAUUCACCUAUAGUGCCUCCAAUUGGGUAGUUUUGUCGUGCCUUCUGUUUGCAAGUCAAUGCUUAAGGUAUGCCCUAUUCAUGCAUUUCCUGUUUCGUGAAUCCCAAUGUUAUUUUCUUGAUGUUCCUUCAGUUUAUAUGUUCAGCUGGUGAGUGUUGUCAUGCCUGUGCUGCAAUCUCUUAUUGCUUUGAUAUUUUUGUUUUUGUGGCUUAUUCAUGCAGGUGUACCUCAUUAUCCUUCUCCUUAUGCACAAAUGCUUCGGCCAGCAUUUCCUCCACGUCCAUUGGUUGGUGUUAUGCCAUCAUUGGCACGCCCUCCAGUUAUUGGAAUUCGUGGUCCAAUUGUUCCUCCCGUUGUUAGACCCAUUACACCAAAUGCCACAUCUUCAGAGGAUCCACAGACAACUGUUUAUGUUGGGAAGAUAUCAUCAACCGUGGAAAAUGAUUUCAUGUUGUCUCUCCUGCAGCUCUGUGGGCCUGUAAAGAAUUGGAAACGUCCACAAGACCCCACCGGUACUUUAAAAGGUUUUGGAUUUUGUGAAUUUGAGUCUGCAGAAGGAGUUCUUCGGGCAUUGCGACUACUCAAUAAGCUAAGAGUUGAUGGACAGGAGUUGUUGUUAAAUGUUAAUCAAACAACUCGGAAAUAUCUUGAGCGUUAUGUUGACAAAAAGAUCGAAGGUUCUAAGGCCAAGGAAACUGCAACUGAUGGUUCUGACAAAGAGGAAGAAAGAGAGUCAAGCAUUGAUACUGAAAAAGUUGUUAAGUCGACUGAAGAGUCUCUAAAGCCUUCAUCAGAUGAACCAAAAAAGGAUAACAGUGAGAUAAAUAAGGACAAUUUGGAUGCUGGAAGUUUUGGCCUUGUAACUGAUGCAGAUCGUGAUGCAGAUCGUGAUGCUUCUGAGAAGCUCACAGGUAUGAUAGAGGAACGACUUAAGAACAAACCACUUCCUCCUCCACCCCCACCCCCACAAACACUUAUUGAUGGACCUGGAAAGUCAAACUCAGAGCAACCUUCUGGGUCAAAGGACAGGGAAUCAGAAGAUGGGGUGAAGAAUGACACAGAAGACAAAAAUGAGGAUGAUAAGACUGCUGAGAGCAAACCUUCUAGUGAACCGGAUAGAGCUGGAACAGGUUCUCCCGAUAAGAGUAGAAGACAUGAUAGGUACAGGGAUCGAGACCGUGACCCAAGACGAGAAAGAGAAAGAGAACUUGAAAGAUACGAGAGAGAGCGGGAGCAUGAUCGGGCAAAGAGGGAGAAGGAUAGAGAAAAUAGGAAUCGCGAAGAUGAACGGAGGUAUAAAGCACGUGAAAAAGAGUGGGAAUCAAGAGAAAAAGAGAAGGAGCAUUGGCGGAAGAGAGAGCGAGAAAGAGAGAAAGAUAGGGCGUAUGAAAGGAAAUGGGAAGUUGUGGACCAAGAACGUGAUGGUGAUGAUGGAUAUGGAAAGAAGAGGAAAUGCAAGGUAAGCGAUGAAGAGAGAAAAAGAAGACAGAGGGAGAAGGAAGAGGACCUGGCUGACAGAGUGAGAGAGGAGGAAGAAAUUGCAGAAGCUAAAAUAAGAGCUGAAGAAGAACAGAAGAAACAGCUGGAGGCUGAGAAAGCAGGAAGUGUUCCACCAGCUAAUGGAUUUGAGAAAGCUACCUUGCCAAAUGAAAUUAAUGCUGAAAACCAGCCUACUGAUCAGACCUUUGAGCUCAAACCAAGUCCCGAGACUUAUGAAGUUACAGCUGAAGGGAUUCUGCAGAAUGGCACCAGUGAUUCAUCUAAUUCUGCCUCAGAUGUUCGGCAAAAUAACAAUGUGCCAACUAAAAAGUUGGGUUUCGGGCUUUCAGGGUUGGGAAAGCGAGCUACUGUGCCUUCAUUUUUUAACGAGGACGAGGAUGAGGAUGCACACAAGGAAAAGAAGAUGAGACCUCUAGUUCCAAUUGAUUACUCAACUGAGGAACAGGAAGCUAUUCAAUCUUCCAUGUCUGAAGCCCCAUCAUCCAAUAUGGCUGCCGCAGCAGAAUUCGUGAAGCGUAUUUCAACUGUUAAUCCAAGAGAACUUGACGGAGAAAAAGAAAAAAGUAGGCAUUCUCAUGAGAGAUCUGGACAGCGAAACCGUGAUAGACAUGAGGAAGAGAACAAUAGCAUCCGUGAGGAGAGCAGAAGAGAUCAUUUUGAAAGAGAAAGAUCAAAUAAAACAAAGACCCCAGAAAACCAGAAGCUUCUGGAUGCUAAGCAAUUGAUUGACACUAUCCCAAAGACCAAAGAUGAGCUGUUCUCCUAUGAGAUCAACUGGGCGAUCUAUGAUCAGAAUGUGCUGCACGAAAGAAUGAGACCAUGGGUAUCAAAGAAGAUAACAGACUUUUUGGGUGAGGAAGAGGUCACACUUGUGGACUAUAUUGUUUCUAGCACUCAGGAUCAUGUAGAGGCAGGUGAGAUGCUUGAGAGGCUCCAAACUAUCUUGGAUGAUGAAGCUGAAAUGUUUGUACUCAAGAUGUGGAGAAUGCUUAUCUUUGAGAUCAAGAAGGUAGAGACUGGCCUGACUCCGAAGCCCAGGGGCUGAGUGAAUUAAAGACGAAUAUAACGUGUUGGUUUAAUCAAACUUAUAUUCCCAUUUGUCCUUAUAUUAGAGAUAGAUGGAGUAAUUUGCAAAUUUUCUGUAUUUUUUUUUACCUUUGAUGCAGUUUCUCAAUCAUCUUAUGCCUCUUCGCAUAUUUUUACCA